AUGACUGGUUCUUGUACAUCUUCUGCAUAUACUCCUGAGCCUUCAUCUCCCCUGUAUCUCCAAUCUUCUGAUGUUCCCGGAGUAUCCCUUGUUCCUGUACCUUUCUCGGGGAAUGGUUUUUGGGGAUGGAAGCGUAGCAUGAUAGUUUCUCUAUCCGCUAGGAAUAAGAUAGCUUUUAUUGAUGGUUCUUAUCCCAAACCUACUAUGACUUCCCCUUAUUAUAAGCAAUGGGAUCGCUGUAAUAACAUGGUUAUAUCAUGGAUAGCUAGCCCGUUGUCUUCAGAAAUAGCUGAAAGUGUUCAAUACUCUGAGACAGCUGAAAGCAUUUGA